GGAAGCUGUAGUGAGUCAUCUGUGAGCAGAGACGAUCUGUGCGCUCCACCAUCAUCAGCUGUCACACGUUUCAACGUCUUCUUCAUCCCUCGUUCCCUUUCAGCUGCGGGCUCGAUCCCGGAUCCGGACGUGGUGCGGAUUCAGUCCGAGUUUAGAGCCUCUGACCUGGGCUGUUCUCCAGCUGCGUCCCGCUCUCAGCUCCAGAUGUGACGGUGGAUUAAAGGUGGGACGGAGGUCAAAGGUCGAGCAGCAGCAGAAUGUGGACGAGCAGGAAGUUUGAGUUAAUCAUGAGUCGCUGCAGUCGGUGGUUCGACUCCAUGUGAAUGAACCAUGACACAGGAAUGCUAUCAAAGGUCGACUCAGUGUGAGCGGACAGCGCCCCCUGCAGGCUCACAGGAAAUCCGUCCAGUCAAAUGAUUCACGUGUUCAAACCGACCACAGCUCAUCUGUCUCGUGUUGUUUUUAGUCUCGUCCGCUCUUCUGAUAAAACCCAGUCUUCUUCACCUCGUCACUGCCCCUGAGGCUGGAGAGCAGAAGACACUCACUAGUACUAGACAGUUACCAGAUAUCAGAACCAGGACCAGGACCAGGAUCAGGACCAGAACCAGGACCAGAACCAGGAUCAGAACCAGGAUCAGAACCAGGACCAGGAUCAGGACCAGAACCAGGAUCAGGACCAGAACCAGGAUCAGAACCAGGAUCAGAACCAGGACCAGGACUAGGACCAGGACAAGGACCAGGACCAAGACCAGGACCAGGAUCUAAUCCGGAUUCAGGUGUGAACAGGCUUUAGUUUCUGACUGAAACUGUCUGCAGGCUCCAGCAUGAUGCAGCUGUUGCCAUGGUGACGUCCUCCAGUGAGGAUGAUUCAGAGCUGCUGGUUUCCAGUCCUCACUCAUCUGCUCAGAGAAGAAGACCCAUGCUAGAGUAUCACGGUAACUCCGGAUCCAAGGAAAGGUCCAGCAGGUGUGAAGGUCCAGCAGCUGUGAAGGUCCAGCAGGUGUGAAGGUCCAGCAGCUGUGAAGGUCCAGCAGGUGUGAAGGUCCAGCAGGUGUGAAGGUCCAGCAGGUGUGAAGGUCCAGCAGCUGUGAAGGUCCAGCAGCUGUGAAGGUCCAGCAGGUGUGAAGGUCCAGCAGCUGUGAAGGUCCAGCAGGUGUGAAGGUCCAGCAGGUGUGAAGGUCCAGCAGGUGUGAAGGUCCAGCAGGUGUGAAGGUCCAGCAGUGAAGCAUGAUGGGAGGUGGCAGAUGGACGAGCUGGUCGUGGGCCGAGUGACUGACACACACCAUGGACCAAGACUUCAGUUUGAAUACACUGAAGAAGCUGGCAGCAGAGCCGGACUACACUGACGUGUCGCUGACGGCGGCGGAGCGUGUUCGAGCGCUGGGGAAGAUGGGAUUCAGUGUGGAGAUCAACGACGACAUCACACCACGACGCUACCUCCGCUCCGGUGUGGAGAUGGAGCGCAUGGCGGCCGUGUACCUGGAGGAGGGCAGUCUGGAGAACGCCUAUGUCCUCUACACCAAGUUUAUCACUCUGUUCGUAGAGAAGCUGCCGAGUCACAGAGAUUACCAGCAGUGCAGCAUUCCAGAGAAACAGCUCAUCAUGAAGAAACUUCAGGAAGUGGCAUUCCCUCGUAAAGACGAGUUGAAGAAACGUCUUCAGGAGAAAUACAGCAGGGAACACAGCGAGUACCUCAGAUCCCAGAGCCAGCCGGUGGUGUUGGAUGGGUGUGGCCAGCAGCUGCAAUGCCUCUCCCUAUUGGACGAGGACAGGAGGCGGCGGCUGCUGCUGGAGGGGGAGAGGCAGCGUGUCGCCGCCUUGCGACGGAUGCAGAUCGAAUCAGAACAGUUUCGUUACUUCGAAGACCAGCUGAGGCGUCAGGAACUGGCCAAUAGCAGAGAGGAGGCGACACAAAAGGUGGAGACCAAAGUGCCGGAGGUGAUCGACAGCACUCGUCUAUCUCGGCAACCAAUCAGUGAUGCUGUACGAUCCCAGGGGGCGGAUCCAAACAGAAACAGACCUGCUCCUAUCAGCGAACCAGCUGCCACGUUGGCUGGAGUACAUUCUCAGAAGGUGGAAGGUCUGAGGCGGGUUGUGAUUCCCAGAGAUCUGACGUAUCGUUUCCUCCUGUUGGCUGAUUCCAACACGGCCAGAGGAAUAGAAACAUGUGGAGUUCUGUGUGGACGACUGACACACAAUGAGUUUGUGUUGACUCACGUCGUGAUCCCCAAACAGUCGGCCGGUCCAGACUUCUGCGACAUGGAGAAUGUGGAGGAACUGUUCAGCUUCCAGGACCAACAGAACCUGCUGACGCUGGGCUGGAUCCAUACUCAUCCCACUCAGACGGCCUUCCUGUCCAGCGUCGACCUCCACACUCACUGCUCCUACCAGCUGAUGCUGCCGGAGGCCGUCGCCAUCGUGUGCGCUCCCAAACAUAACGACACUGGCGUGUUCCAGCUCACCGCUCCGGGGAUGUCCGAGGUGUGCGGCUGCAGACUGAAAGGUUUCCACCCUCACUCCAAGGAGCCGCCUCUCUUCACUGUGUGUAAACAUGUGGUGGUGAGAGAGUCAAAGAUCAGCCUGCUGGACCUCAGGUGACAGACAGGAGGCGCUGUGAGCUCUGCGUGUCUGAAACCAUCCACAUAUUGGUUUUAAAUGUUUGAUUUGAAGUCAUCACACACACACACACACACAUACACACACAUACCUGCUGUGAGUGUGUGUGUGUGAAUCUGUUUUUAAUAAAACAUUGAGAA